AUGGAGCAAGAAACAGUUUACGAUUCGAAUGACGACUCACACGUCGUGAUGUGUGAAAAGGUUCAAUCUCUAGCAGGGAGUGUCUACCAGGAACUAGAACGCAUGAUCGCAAAAUAUGAUGAAGAUGUAGUGAAAAAUCUCAUGCCACUGGUCGUGAACAUUUUGGAGAGCUUAGAUUUCUCCUGCACUGAAAAUCAAGAGCAUGAGGUUGAGUUAGAGCUUCUGCGUGAAGAUAAUGAACAGCUAGUAACACAGUAUGAGCGAGAAAAACAGCUGCGCAGGGCAUCAGAACAGAAACUUUUUGAGCUUGAAGACCACAAUGAAGAACAACUCAAGAAUUCCAUGUCCAAAAUUGAGAGCCUGGAAUCCAUUGUCAGGAUGUUUGAACUCAAGACCAGAAAUGCCUCUGACCAUGUGUCGCGGCUGGAGGAGAAGGAGGACACGAUGCGGAAGGAGUACGCCAAACUGCACGACCGCUACACGGAGCUGUUCAAGACGCACAUGGACUACAUGGAGCGCACCAAGAUCUUGAUGGGUACCGACCGGCUGGACCAGAUGAGCCUGAUGCGCACCAAGCUGCCGCUGGCGGGCGGGCAGAACUCCGCCAUGGCCAGGUCCGCCGGGCCGCUGUCCUUCGCGCUGCAGUCGCUGGACUCGCGGCCGGCCGCCGCCUCCGUGACGAACCAGGCCACAGACGGUGGCGCCCCUGGCGGCCAGAACGACAACCACGGGCCGGGCAGCCUGCAGGCUGAGCUCGAGGACGCCGAGACGGCCACGGACCGACAGCAUACGGCGGAAAAAGCGGCCAGCGUCUGGGACCGGGAGAUGUCGAUGGAUGACGUCACCGAGCACCGGUCCGCGAACAACCUGUACCAAGAGCUCAGCUUCCAGGACGCCGUGCUGGAGGCGGACGACGGCGCUGACAUCACAGGAGGAUGGGUCCACCCCGGCGAGUACGCGUCGUCAGGUGUGUCCCGUGGGAGAGGCACGCGGCUGCAUGCUAGCGUGCCGAUGUAG